AGCUUUACUUUAAGAAAAAUAAAAACUGGAAAAUGUCGGACGAAGCUUUUCGGAAAGCUGGAUUAAAUAUCGAUGAAUUAAAUAAUAUACGGUUAUUAGAUCCUGAUAUAUUUCAACAGAGCUCUGAACUGAAGGAUGCUUGCAAAGAAUUUACAGACAAAAUCGAGUCCUUUCAUAAAAUCGUAGCGUCUGUCAUUGCAGUAGUUGACAAUGUUGCAAAAGAAGUGGAAAAAGAGAAAAUGAAGGCAAUUGGUUCGCGGAACAUGCUGAAAUCCAUAACGAAACAGAGAGAAGCAGAACAGAUGCAGCUUUUGGCACUGAUCACAGAAAAAACAAUGCAGUUAGAAAGAUUACGCAUCCAACAUGAAGCUUUGUUAAAGCAGGAAAGAGAUCAAAAUGAAUUUAUUGAACAGUUAAUGCUAGAAAAAUAAUGGGCAUCUUUUUUGCAGAAGGUUCUUCAACAAAAAUCUAUUUUAUAUCUGUGGUUUGAAAAAAA